UGAGCGCUACAGUCCAGUCUGCAUUCGGCAGACCCGGGCAGCAAGCACACAGGAGGCAAGGCUUAGCUGGAUCAGGAUUUGGACCAUGAAAAGGAGUGGCUCCAAGCACACCGAGCCGUCCUAAGAGCGCGCCCGGCAAGAUGAAGACACCGCUGCGCCAUGGUGUGGCCAUGCUUCUCGUGCUGCUCUUGUGCGCCAGCCUCUUCCUGGUUUACAGCGGCAGUUUCAACGGCGCCGGCAGGGACGUAAAUGAUACGCGGCGUCAAGAACAGCUGUGGCGGCCCACCGGUGCUUCCGUCAGGCAGGCCGUGCCUCACCCGCGCACCCUGUAUGGUUACAGCGGCAUCAUGGACCAUAAGCCUCUCAAGAUGCACUGCCAGACGUGCGCCCUGGUGACCAGCUCGGGCCAUCUUAUUGGGGGCAACCGGGGUGAGGAGAUCGACCGGGCCGACUGCGUCAUCCGCAUGAACGAUGCGCCCGCCUCUGGAGGCUACGCCAGCGACGUGGGCCGCCGCACGUCGCUGCGCGUCAUCGCCCACUCUAGCAUGCAGCGCGUCCUGAGGAGCCGCCAGCAGCUGAUCAAUGCUAGCCAGGACACGGUGUUCGUCUUCUGGGGGCCCAGCAACUACAUGAGACGUGACGGAAAGGGUCUGGUCUACAACAACCUGAGGCUGAUGAGCCAGGUCCUGCCCAAGCUCAAGGUCUACAUCAUAUCCUGGCAGAAGAUGCUGCACUUUGACGAGCUCUUCAAGAGAGAAACUGGCAAGGACAGGAGGAUAUCGAACUCGUGGCUGAGCACCGGCUGGUUCACGAUGACCAUUGCCUUGGAGCUGUGCGAUAGGAUCAAUGUCUACGGCAUGGUGUCGCCCGACUUCUGCAGCAGGGAUCCUGAGCACCACUCGGUGCCGUACCACUACUAUGAGCCUCGGGGCCCCGACGAGUGUGUCAUGUACAUAUCGCACGAGCGUGGGCGACGAGGCAGUCACCACCGCUUCAUAACUGAGAAGCGAGUCUUCGCCAACUGGGCACGGACGUUUGACAUCCACUUCUACCAGCCCGACUGGAGCCCCACCCCUCUGCCUGCCAACCAGAGCCUGGAGGGGGCCGUCAUGGCGGCGCCACUUUAAAAUGCGAGACGUGACGGGACGGAGACCGAGGGUGGACUAAGCUGUAUCGAGUCAACACGAGACAAGACUUGUUCAUCCUGUUUGUUUUGAAAUAUUACUCCUGUUUCAACGCUGCUGCCAAAGCACCGCACUGCGUCGACUGAAGGCGUUCAAAGUCUUGCAGACUUUUUUUCCCUGACAAACAACCCUGUGAAGGUGAAGUUAUACGAGAAGGGAGCAUCAUCAGCUCACACUCACUCGGGAGAGCUUGCACUGUCAAUCAUUGUGUGUGUGUGUCUGUGUGUGUGUGUGUGUGUGUGUCAGACAGUGAUAGCUAGUUCAAUUUAAACUUAAGAUGUUCCCCAGUUUCCAAAGAUGAAGGAGGUCAAAUGAAAUGAGGUUGUGCCACACAAAGAAAGCGCCCCACAGGCUCAAUGAACAUUUUUUAGGUCAUGUUCACGACAAAAAAGGCUCAACAUCAUAUCAUAUCAUCAUCUAUAUAGAAUAUCAUGUAGAAAAGCUGUCAACUACACAUUAAAUACCUUCACGUGA